AGCAAAGCAAAGCAUUGCAACCAAAUUAGCUACUUGAUCAGUCAUCACUAACUAGAGCUAGUUCUUUCUCUGUAUUGAUACAAGAGAUCGUAAUCGUAGAUCAUUCUCUGUAUCGAUACAGGAGAUUGGUUAGCAUUUGAUAAUACAAGCAGCACUCUUUGUUUUGCAUUGCCUGUGUAAUCCAGAUCGAUGGCGCAUAACGGAGAUGCGGUGGUCGCGGCCGCACCGGCUGCGCCGGCGCCGGCUCCGACGAAUGGUGCGCAGCGGCAGUUGAAGCCGCGGAGGAUCUCGAUGGAGGGGCUCCAGCGCGCGAUGUCCGACCUGGCCCUGGAGCUGUCCAGGGACAGGAAGGCGGUCGCCGACUCCGCCGCGGCCGCCAUGCAGCAGCUGCCGGCGAUCACGGAGCAGGUGGAGGACGCGCGGUGCGAGUGCUGCGGCAUGCAGGAGGAGUGCACGCCCGCGUACGUGCGCCGCGUCCGGGAGCGGUACUGCGGGCGCUUGGUGUGCGGGCUGUGCGCGGAGGCGGUGAACGGCGAGGCGGAGAGCCGGCACGGGGGGCGGACGACGGAGGAGGCGCUGGCGGCGCACAUGGCCGUGUGCGGGCGGUUCAACCGCGUGGGGCGCGCCAACCCGGUGCUGAUGCAGACGGAGGCCAUGCGGGAGAUCCUGAGGAAGAGGUCCAAGUCCAACAGCCCCAAAGACCACGGGCCCGGCGGCGCCCUCGCCAGGAGCUCCAGCUGCAUCCCCGCCAUUACCAAGGACUUCAAAUAACUAAGCUUCUUCUCCUUGGCACUUGGGGUGCAGUACCAACUACCAAGGCUUCAAGCUUCGUUACUACCUCUGUAUCACGGGCGAUCACUGAUCAUGCAUGGAUCGGCGUAUAUUUGUUCAUCACGGUUUUGUACUACGUUUGGCUGUACUAUGUAUAUAAAAAAUGAAAAGAAUUGUGAAUA